AUGGAAACGUUGAAUGAUAAAAAUAACUCCACCUACUCAUUUUUCUUUAAAAACUUAUCUGUUACCGGGUUUUAUGAAGAAAAUGCACUUUUUAUGACCGUUAAGGAAUUAUUUGACAAUUCAGUUGAUGCUUUAUAUAAUAAUGACAAAGAAGAUAAUGUAGAAACAAAAAAGGAUUUAGAAGAAGAAAAAAAAAAAAAAAAAAAAAAAAAAGUGGAAAUAAUUGUUGAGGAAUAUGACAAAUCAUUAUCAUAUUAUAAAAUAACUUGUAGAGAUAAUGGUAAAGGAAGCAAAAUAAAAGAUUUAGAAAAAUUUUCUGAAAUAUUUUUAACGUCAAAAGAUAACUGUUCAACUAGUGGUAAAUUUGGUAUAGGAUUAAAGACUAUAUUAUUAUAUUCCCUUAAAACAGCUUAUGGCUUUUUACAUAUAAAAGUAAAAGUUGAAGAAAACAAAAUAUGGGACUUCAUGUUAGUAAUGGAUAAAAAUUUAAACCAUACUUUUAUACAAAAUUUUAAAGAAUAUAUAGAUACAAACUGGAAUUGGUCUGUAGAAAUAUCAUUAAUAUUAAAAAUAAAUAAUAAAUUUAUACAUGAUCAAAGAAUAUAUACAUAUAUUAAAUUAGUCUUAUUAUGGAAGAGAGAUAUCAACAUAAAAUGUAUAAUAGAUAACAUGGAUGAAUUUAUAUAUACUUAUGAAGAACAUGCUAAUGAGUAUGAAUUCACUUUAUUACAUUCCAUUCUUAAUUAUAAUUGUAAAAAUAUAACAUUUCAAAAAGAGGCUCUCGCAUCAUUUAAUUUUAAGGUAUGUAUAUAUAUAAAUGUUCUUUUUUCAAAUAAUUUUAUAACAAAUCCUAGUGUAGCUCAUAUUUUCUUAAUUCGUUAUGUGAAUUCUAUGCCUCUUUUUGGUAAUACUGGCAAUGAUUGUUCUAUAGUUAAAGAUUUUAAAAAUUUUCUAAGACUGUAUGGUCCCCAAUAUGGAAUGGAUCUCCUUACAUUGGAUAAUCUUAACCAAGUGGAGUUAAAUGACACGAAUGAUUCUGAACAUAUGAAUUAUCUAAAAGAUGCAUUUCAAACAUUUUACGUGAAAAAGUCAGAGUUUUGCAAAUGGAAUGUGAUCAUAAUAGGUAUUGAUAUUAGGGGAUGUGAUAUAUCUUAUGCAAACUUGAACAAAAACUGUAUAAAAGAAGGAGAAUAUUUGUCUAACAUAAUAAAAAAGUGUUUAUUAAAUUUGUUUACUAGGGUUAAAGAAGAAUAUCCUGACGAAUUCGAAAGUAUAUCGGAUUAUCAUAUAAGGCAAGCAUUAGACAUUUAUGGUGUUCAGUUAGCAUCUUCUCUAAGUAAAAUAAUUUUAAAUGGACGUGACGAAUUCAAAAAUAAAAUACUUUUUCUCCUAAACGAAAAGAAGAAAAAGGAUCAAACCUCUGUUGUAACAUGUGAAGAAAAUAAUGUUGAUAAAAAAAACCAAAUUAAGGAGAAUGAACUCACAGAUGAGAUUUAUCACCACAUAAGGGAAAAGGUUUUAAGUGAUGAGAAGGCAUAUGAACAUAUGGGAGUGAAAAAUAAUUCAUCUGAUAAAUCAAAUGAGUCAGAUGAAGAUGAUGAGGAGGAAGAAAUUGAAUGUGAAGGUGAAGGUGAAGAUGAAUGUGAAGAAGAAAGAAUGAUAAAUGAAAUAAAUGAUAUCAUGUAA